AUGGGCAUUCAUAAACCAAUGUUUAUAUAUGAAUUCAUCAUCACUGGAUUAUAUAUAAGAUUAUUAGCCUCGUAUGAUUUAAGUCAUUUGAUGUUUAAAGGAGGAAUAUCGAAAACAACUAUCGCAUUUUCAGGUUUAUAUUCUAUGGUUGUU